CUUCCUUAACCUGAAGAGGAAGUUCUGAUACACGAUGGUGCUAGAGAUGCAGCUGGUCUUCUUUCUCUCCAUCUUGGUCUCAGUUACAGUGUGUGAUGAUGUUUUUAAGCUGGUUAACAGUUCUGUUCAACUGGAAACUCAAAAGGAAUUUACAAAAAGUGAAGGUUUUGAUAUUACCUGGACAUUUAACAAAAAAAACAACAUUGUGAAAUUUAAUGGAAAUCCUCCAAGUACAGUAUUUAAAAGUUAUAAAGACAGGGUGGAGUUCAAUGAGGAAACCUGCAGUCUGACACUGAAGAACUUACAGAAGAGUGAUAGUGGACCCUAUGAUGCAGAAGUAUCUGGUGAAACAAUGGACUCUGUGGCUAUGUACCAACUACAUGUGUUGGAUCCAGUGGAGAAACCAGUUUUUACUGCAUCAAUCCAGCAAAGCAAUGACACCUGUAAUGUGACUCUCACCUGUGAAGCUCAGAAGCUUUCAGUAACCUGUCACUGCUACAAUGAUAGUUGUGAUAUGAGGGAGAAAAAAACAUCUGGAGACACGUUCCUUUCCCUCUCACUCUAUGUUAGUAACAGCUUCAUCAUUUGUAAUCAUAGCAACCCAUUGAGCUGGAAAAAUACAACUAUGGAGAUGAAACAAUUCUGCCCUUCUGAAAGUGUAAGCAUGCACAGAUACUGUAUGGGGUAAAUUUAAAUGUAAGUAAAAUGUACAUUCCUUAAUUAAUAUUUGUGGUAUUAUUACAUGAUCAGUAUUGAACAUCUGUUCCUCUCCAUGCUAUGCUGUUCCUCACCUAACCUCUUCCCUAGAUUGUAUCAUACUGACCAGAGCUCACCAUCAUUCUUUGGGGAAUGUUCCUUGGGUAGGGGUAAAAAGUUCCCGGGUAUUAACAGAUGGUGUCUCAUGAAAACUGUUUUUAAUCAUCAUGCAUGUCUUUUAUUUGUAAGGAAAAUAUACUUUUUUUCCUGCCUUUAUUAAAUGUAUACAUGUGCUUAUUUGCUUUCUUAACUAUUAAUUAUUAUUAUAGUUAUUAGUAGUAGUAGUAGUAGUAGUAGUAAUGUAAACAGUGAUAUUUUAAACCAUUUUAAAUAUAUACAAAUACCAAGACCAGAAUUGACAAAACAAGCCCCAACUUAAAUGAGUUGGUCACUUCAUAUACAUAAAGAAAACAGAAUGAAGAUGUACAUCACUUUUCACACAGUAAAGUAAAUUUGCAUAAUGUCAUUGUAGUGUACAUUAGAAUGGCCGUUGGUCACCAAGUGGUUAAUUUUGACCUCAGCUUUAAAAGAAUCUAUCACUGAUUUCAUAAACUCCAUUUUAAUCUUUUUUUCACCUUCUCCAUGUGCUGCUGCUUUUUCAGAAUAACACUCAAAUCUCUCUCACUGUCUCUUUCAUGCUGCCAAUACACCACAAGCUCCUCUGUAUAAAUGCUUCCACAGAAUGAGAAAUUCAACAUUUUGUUGAAUUCUUAACAACUGCUUGAUAACUGUGGUUGCUUAAUAUAAUUAGCAGGAAAAAAGUAAUUAGUCUCUAUUGUCAGACGUUGUUUUUGUUUACCACAAAUUCAACUCAAUUCAAUUUAUUUAUGUAGCACUUUUUACAAUGGACAAUUGUCUCUCAUUUAGUUAAAUAGUAACUUAGUUAAUUAAUGUGAGUGUUAAUUUCAGUUAUUGUUUAGCUGAAUAAAAUGAAGAAUGAACAAAUCGCAAACUUCUCUGAUAUACUGUGAGCUGUGUGGAUAGCAAACAGAUUAGAGAUUAUCUCAGGAAUAGUAUAUAGUAUUGUAUUAUACUAUAUACUAUUCAGUGCUAUAGUGUUCUCUUUUAAAGAAAAAGAUUUCUUUUACUGUGGUGAUUUUUAAUCUUCACAAAUAUUAUGUGGGCAUUAUGUGGGCAUCAACCUCCUUAUUGAUUUACAUAACACUAUACACAUGCUGUAUCUGCAUCACACAAUUGUCACCCAAAUGAGGAUGGGUUCCCUUUUGAGUCUGGUUCCUCUCAAGGUUUCUUCCUCAUACCAUCUAAGGGAGUUUUUCCUUGCCACAGUCGCCUCAGUCACCUCAGGCUUGCUCACUUGGGAUAACAUCUAGGACUGUCUGUCUGUUUGUUUGUUGUUUUCUUAUGUCGUUUCUCAUGUAAAGCUGCUUUGAGACAAUGCUCUUUGUUAAAAGCGCUAUACAAAUAAAAUUGAAUUGAAUUGAAUAUGGAAUUGGCUGUUUGUGCAGGUGAGGAAAUGUACUGAAAAAAAUUUAAAGCAUAAAAAAAUAAGUGUUAUUCUUUAUUAACAUUAAAUGAAAUUAUUAUAUUAUAUUAUAUUAUAAGUCAUUUUUACAUUUACCUUUAUUUGUGCAUUGAGCAAACACUUUUCUUCAAAGCAAAUUAGUGAUGGGUGCCUUAGAUGUUUCUCUAGCAGACCAUCAGAGGGCAACCCUGCCCAUUUUUCUUAAGUUCAGUUACAUGUUUAAUUUCUCCUGUCUUUAAUUUUCUCACCUGUUUUGUAUAAUUAGCUCCCUAAUUUAAGCCCCUGUGUCUCACCAUACAAUUGUCUAGAUUCUGUUUGAUGUCAGUGUGUUUAUUCCUAACCCACGUCCAGUUUUUGUAUGUUCCUGACAUUGACGCAGUUUUGUGUAUUCAUGAUUCUGAUUUUUGUUUCUGUUACCUCCUAGUAAUUUUGCACUGUAAAUUAAUCUAAAUCUACACAUGCAUCUGUCUUCAUCCAUCCACUUUACUAUGAUAAUGGUUUUAUCAUUGGAGCAAUAACCAUGGUCACUAUGAUUUUACCAAAAAUGGAUCAUAAUUUUGUAGGAAUUAGUGUGUACAUCUUGUCUGGGCUGCUGCUUAUCAUUACUGUUAUCAGACACUUCUGAAGCAAAUGCUGUCCAAUUAUAUGAGUUGUUAUUUUACAGGGUGUUGGUGUACAGGGGGAAUGAUGGCAUAGUUGUUAGCACAUUUGCAUCGCACCACCAGGGUUAGUCCCCCAGUCCAAAGACAUGCAUUGUAUGCUGAUUGGCAUCGCUAAAUUGUCCGUAGUGUAUGCAUGUGUGUGUGUGAUUGUGCCCUGUAAUUGUUUGCCACCACAUCCAGGAUGUGCCCUGCCUUGUGCCGUAAUGCUGAGUUCACAUUGCACAAUUUUCAAAGUCAUCGGAUCACCAUUGUUUUUACACUGCACGAUUAUCUGGGGUAGCAUUCAGUUGCUGCUGUGUUCACAUUGCACAAUGGAUCAAGGACAAGAGAUUACACACUGUCACUACUCAAUCCAUACUGGAUACAUACUGUGCAUGUGUUUUUACAACAGUCUAGCGAUAUGGAUUAUUGUGUGGUUUAUAUACAGCUAUAAAUAAAUAAAUAUUUUGUGUGUUUCUUAAAUGCAGACUUUUGUUAAAGUAUGCUGAAAUAAGUAGAACAGAUAAGUAUAACAUGACGGACGGAAUGAAUUAAUUCAUUUAUGAAUAAAUAAAUUGAAUGAAUAAAUAAGUAUAUUGUGUGUUUCUUAAAUGCAGACAUUUUUUAAAGUAUACUGAAAUAAGUAGAACAUAUCCUUCAACUGGACAUACAAGAAAACUUUGAUAUGUCCUCCAUUCUCUUCUGGUCAUGUAACAAAGAAUAUUGAAAAAGACAGAGUUUUUAGGUGGCAAUAAAUGUAGCAAAAGAAAUUAAAGUUUUCAUGAAAAUUGAAAGUCAUGUAAUGUUCCUGACACAGUCCUGGCACUUCCAAUAAUCUUUCAAUUUUGCGAUUGUCUUUACAAUUCUGUAAUUGGUAUGUAAAAAGGAUAUAGUUUUUCAGUUUUGACUAUACUUAAUAACAAAUUGUUUUAAUUACUAUAAAAUAAUUGUAUGAUUAAAUUACUAAAUAAGGAAUUCUUCCGGUUUUGUAACAAGCAAAUAGACCACAGCUCCUAAUUGUUUUCUACUGGCUGAUGAGUUCAAAAUUGAUGUUUUUCCAGCAGGUCACCAGAGGGCAACCCUGCCCAUUUUAGUUCAGUUCAGUUGUGUUUAAUUUCCCCUGUUCACUAUUCUCACCUCUUUUGUAUAAUUAGAUUUAAACCUUUUUGUCUCACCAUGUCUUGGUCUAGCUUAUGUUGAUGUCAGUGUGUUUAUUCCUAAACCGCAUCCAGUUUUUGUGUAUUCCUGACUUUAAUCCAGUUUUGUGUAUUCCUGAUACAGAUUACUGUUUCUGUUACCACCUAGUAAUUUUGCACUGUUACUAAAUCGAAAUCUACAAAUGCAUCUGUCUUUAUUCUUGCUUCCCCCCACUGGCCUUACUAUGUUCCUCACUUCUCCCCUAAGGUACCUGAUUUAAACCUCUUUGUCUCACCAUAUAUUUGUCUACCUUCUGUUGAUGUCAGUAUGUUUGUUGUUCCUACCCUUGAGUCAGUUUUUGUGUAUUCAUGACUGUUUAUUUUGCCAUAGAUUAUGUUUCUUAAUCUAGUAGUUUCUCUUUCAUCGUAAAUUUAAUGUAUUAAUACUUAUGUCACUUUACUAUCAUAAUGGUUUUAUACAUGAAUUGUAUGCUGAUUGGGAUUGUUAAAUUGUCUAUUGUGUGUGAGUGUUUGUGUGUAAUUGUGCCCUGCAUUUGAUUGUCCCCAGAAAACUUUGAUAGGUCCUCUGUUCUCUUCUGGUCAUUUAACAAAGUAUAUUUAAAAGAAAAAUAAACUGUUCUAUCUGUUCUAUCUAACUCUCAUGUAAAGCUGCUUUGAGACAAUGCUCUUUGUUAAAAGCGCUAUACAAAUAAAAUUGAAUUGAAUUGAAUUGAUUGGAGUCUCUAAAUUGCCCGUAGUGUGUGAAUGAGUGUGUGUGUGCCCUGCGAUGCGUUGGUACUCCAUCCAGGGUGUAUCCUGCCUUGAUGCCCGAUGACUCCUGAGAUAGGCACAGGCUCCCCAUGACCUGAGUAUAGAUUGGAUAAGCGGGACAGAAAUGAAAUGAAAAAUUUAUUAUAUCAGGGAUUUGCACAUUCUGUAUACCCAAAAUGUAAAUGAAUAAAAGAAAAUGUAUUUUUAUAUUUAUUUGCUUACUGUCUGUAUUACCCUUAUUUAUGUUUUCAUUUGCUAUUUUAGUGUAUUAUAUUAUCUAUCUUUUUUUAAUAUUUUAAA